AUGGAGGCCGGUUUCAACAGAAGCAGUUCCCCAGAAAGUGUGUGUGGCACACUACUGCCAUUUCUGAGCUUUCUGAUAAUGACACACAAUGCAGAUGACAUUACUGAGACAUCAAAUUCUGGAAGCAAUAAAAUUAUAGAGGAUUGCAUAGCUUCUAGUGAGAAUUUGGCAUCAGAUGGAACAACCAAUGUUUUUGUCGAAGUUACCACCAACGAAGCUUCAUCGUCAAAAAAUAAUUUAAGUUUUGAAUACAGUUCAACUAAAGUAGUUAUAGAAGACAAUGCGGAGGUAUCUGGCUUCAAUAAGGAUCUAGCUGGGUCCAAUGUCUCUGGGACAUAUUCCUCCUCUAUUGAGGUAGAUGCUCCUUUGAUACGCUUUGUGAAAGGAAAGAGUGGGUCUACGCAGAAGAAGAUUGAAGAGGAUACUGGAGUUAAAAUUAUCUUCCCAUCAUCAAGGGAGGGGACUUCAGUUGUCCUUGAAGGUAAAAGUGCUGAAAGUAUUAGAAAAGCAUCACAGCUGAUUGCAAAUGUUCUUGAAGAGGCUGUUCAAAGUCGACAGCUCGACUACUCUCAUUUCAUAUCACUUCCAUUGGCUCUCCACCAAGAUCUUGUCGACAAACUGAACCACUUCCAGAGUUCGAUCCUUGGGGAAGAAGACAGUGACAAAGAUCAGAGCCGAAGUGAAGGUUCUAUUGAUGAAAUGGAUGAUGACCACAAGCAAGCGGAUGGCUCAAGUGUUUCCAUCAAGCUGCAAGUUCAAGAAGAAGAGUCUGCUGAAGCAAAAAUGGGUAGCAAAGGCUCCCAAUCAGAUUUUGGCAUUGACAAGUCAAUAUUUAUCAAACCCAAAACAUUUCACCUGACGGUUCUUAUGUUAAAGUUGUGGAACAAGGAUCGUAUAGCUAAGGCCUCGGAUGUGCUCCAGUCAGUAUCUACCCAAGUAAAUGAAGCUUUGGAAAAUCGACCUAUCUCCAUACAGCUUAGAGGUCUGACAUGCAUGAAAGGCUCUCCAGCUAAGGCUCGGGUGGUAUACGCUCCAGUGCUGGAAGUUGGUGGCGAAGGGCGCCUAGCACAAGUCAUAACUGACGCCUUUGCCAAGUCAGGUCUAGUUUUUCAAAGGGACGUGAGAGAACUGAAGUUGCACGCGACCAUGAUGAACGUGCGGCAUAGGAAGAGGUGCAAGCUAUAA